AUGGCAAAUAAGGUGAAACUCCCAUUUCGAAACAAGACCACUUCAUCUUCUUCCUCUUCAUGGCCUUCUUGUCAUCAAAAAAACCCUAAGAGAACAUCUUCCGGAGCUUUCUUCACCGGUAACACACCAAAAAAUGUCAACAAAACGGAGCAACCUUCACGCAGCUUCUCCUCCUCCUCCACAGACGACAUCAUGGAAAAUCCACGAGAAAUAGAGUGUAUAGAGAACGUGAUUAGAGGACUAAAACCAUCAAAGCGACUCAUACUUGAAUGUAGAGGAAAUUCAAACUCUAUACUCGAGGAAGUCACUAAGAGAGAAGAAAAAGAAGAAGACGAAGGCUUCAUGCUCUUGUCCUUGGAAUCAGACGACCCUUACUCCGAUUUCAAGAAAUCCAUGGAAAAUAUGGUUGAAGCCUACACGCUUCAUCAUGAUUGGAGAAACCUCGAGAAGCUUCUGUUCUUGUUCUUGAAAGUCAACGUUAAGACAAGCCACAAACACAUCUGUGCGGCGUUCGUUGAUCUGCUCUUAAACUUAGGGUUGUCUGAAGACGUCGCCCAAGAACCUAGUAUCGUCCUCGUCGAGGAAUCUUCAUCGUCACCGAUAUCAUUUUACACGUCCUAUGAUGAUACCUCGUCAACCUCUGUACCGGAGAAUUCGAUAGGCGAGAACGAGAAGAGUAGGGACGUUGUUUGUAGUUUAUUGUCCUUGUUUGAGAUGGAGGCGAAGAUUUAA